UCACACCUCAUUACUGAAACUAUUGUAAACAUGUCAUUGCUCUGUGUUCUGGCCAUAUGCAACCUUCUAUUGGACGCGUCCUUUGCGGUAGCCAGUCCCUCAGUGACUGGUGAUGGGACCUCCGAUACAGAAUUGCGUGAAAUCAGACUUCUCCUUAACAAACAUGGAGCGCAAAUAGAAACACUACAGAGGGAGAACGUACGACUUGAAGAGAAAACCAUGACGCUUGAAAAGAAAAUCAUAGCCCUUGAAAAGAAAGCUAUUACCCUUGAAGAGAAAAUCAUGACACUUGAAGAGAAAACACCGACAUUUGAAGAACAACCUGAGCCGAAAUCUGACCGUGUGAACAACACCAAACCAGGCCCAGACAUACUCGGUAUACCAGAUGGUUCGGCAAUAUCUGACGGAAAGUCCCAAUCAACAAAAAGAAACCCUGAUGAAGCCGUUAAGACAGUAAACCCUCGUGUUGAUUCCACUACCGACAGCAUUAUUGCAUUCCAUGCCAUUCUCGUACAUACUGUAAGAGAUCCUGCUGCAGAACAUAUCGUUACGUUUGACCACAUCAUCACCAAUAUCGGAGCCCAUUAUAGAUCUACAACCGGUGUUUUUACCUGUGUUGAAGUCGGCGUAUACCAGUUUUCAUGGAUGGUCAAGGUUGAGAGCUCCCAGUGGAUAACUACAGAGUUGGUACGUAACGGUGUGGUGUUUGGGACAGCCAUGAGCGGAGACGACGCCUAUUUUACAACGGGCGCAUCAUCAGCUAUCACGAUGCUGGCUCCCGGCGAUCAGGUCUGGGUACGGGUGGGAAAGGACCAUAGCGGUGUGGCAGACAUCUACCCAACGUUUACAAUGUUUAAUGGGUUUCUGAUUCACUGAGUUGCUUAAAAAAAAUAAAA